GUAAUCUGACAGGUCGGAAAGAGAAACACAGAUAGAUUUCGGGUUCACAGACAGAGAUAGAUAUAGGGAUAGAGAUAAAAAAAAAAGAGCAUAAAAGUUUUCAGAUUUGUCGCUUAGGAUUGUAAUUUUUGGGUUUCAAUUGGUGGACGAACGACAACAUGGUGGGCUCUAUAGCCACGACCACUCAUCGUCGUCCUCCCAUGGACGCUGCUGCUGGUGAUGAUGAUGAUGAUGAUCAAGCUAUUGAGCCCCCUUCUUCUUUGGUUUCCUGCUCGAUUUGUCUUGACUCUGUCUCUGAUAAUGGUACCAGAUCCACCGCUAAGCUCCAUUGUGGCCAUCAAUUCCAUCUCGAUUGCAUUGGUUCAGCAUUUAAUAUGAAGGGAGCUAUGCAAUGCCCAAAUUGUCGGAAGGUUGAAAAAGGUCAGUGGUUGUAUGCCAAUGGUUCUGCUCGUUCACUUCCUGAGUUUAGCAUGGAAGACUGGAUACCCGAUGAAGACUUCUACGAUCUAAGUUAUUCUGAAAUGCCCUUUAGAGUUCACUGGUGCCCAUUUGGUGAAUUGGCACGAGUUGGAUCAUCAUUUGAGGAGGUGGAACCUCCAUCAACUACAUAUCAUGACCUACGGGGACACCAUCCCUUAUUCGCUGAACAAGAAGCAGCAUCUAUGGCUCAUUCAUACGUUGCGUAUGUCGGACCAAUUCCGCCUACAACCUCGAGAUCUAGCAAUAAUGUUGAUGAUCCCCUUUUAAAUUAUCACUGGAAUGGUCCAUCAGGACACAAUGAGAUUUUUCCUCCCCAUGCAUUUCCUGCCAUCCAGUACCAUAGUUGGGGUCGUCAUUCCCCCCCUUUCGCCAUAUCCAGUAGCCAUAUAAACGGUGCUGAUCCGGCUUCUCUUCCACCUGCCACGCUUAGAUCUUCUCAUGGUGAAUCUGAUGCUGUAACAAUGUCCAGAUCUUUUCCACAUCCAUUUGCCUUUGAUCAUGGGUCUGGUCCUAGAGCUGGGAGCUCUUUUGUUUCCUCAGUCGUUCCUCGUCAUCCUGGCAGCACUGCUCUAAACGCUUCUCAUUCCUUCCUUCCUCAGCAGCAGUCGAGCAUUUCAGCAGGGUUGCCCACACCUGUAGUGCCAGGUUUGAGGAGAUUUGAUGGUCCGAGGAGCUUGCCUGCAGUAGUGCCAGCACCCCCCCAACAUGAUCAGAAUGGUAAUUUCUAUAUCUUUCCGCCAAGUUCAUCGGGGCAGAACCUACAAGAAGCAGAAAGUCCGUUUUUGAAUCAUUUUCAUGUAUGGGAAAGAGAGAGGUUAUCUCGUUUCCCUGGUGUAAUAAGAGACUCAAAUUGGGGUUCGUUUCAUCAGAAUAGUGGGGCCUCAGACUCGGGGAACAGGUCAGGAAGCUUUUGGCAUAGGCACUCCUCUUAAGAGGAUGGGAUCAAAAACCUUUGAACAUUUAUCCUGCCUGUCAGAAAAUUGCGUGAAUUGCACGCAUCCGAACUUGAUGACUGGAA